UUCUCAGUUCUUUAUCUUACUUCCACCGAGGUGGAAGUUGUGUUCUUUAACUAAAAUUUCUACUUUUGUUGGAGAAUAUGAGCAAUUAUCAUACCUUUCGUUCUGAUUCUGAAGGAGAAGUCACUCCGGCGCUUGUUAACAGGGAACAUUCCUCGGCAGAGACUGCAACUCUGCUUGGUGAAGAUGCACCGUCCAGAACAGACGUCAGUGGGAUCAGAAAAAUGAACACAAAUCGCCAGGAGCAGCAAACACCGACAUCCUGGGCGCAGAUUGUGAUGAACAUUGUGAUACACAGCCUUUUGCUUAUCCUCACAGGAUAUGUGAUCUACGUGAGCUUCUCCCAGGGCAUGUUCCUGUUUUCCUGGCAUCCAACUCUUAUGACAACCGGAUAUGUGAUCUUUAUGACGGAGGCAAUUCUCUCAUUUUCGGAGAAUAAUCUCUUGGCAAAAAAUAAGAAUUUCAAAUGGAGAGUAAAGCUUCACUGGAUUCUGCAGACCAUUGGCGGUUCUUGCAUCACAGCUGGAUUUAUAAUAAUCCUGGCCAAUAAAUUCAUCAAUGAUAAACCUCAUUUUCACACCAAUCACGCUAUUGUGGGCCUCGUCACCAUUAUCUUAACAGUCCUCGGAGCCGCUGGAGGCAUUUGGACUAAAUACAGCUACGAUCUCCGGCAGUACCUCCGUCCAGUCUAUGCCAAACUCAUCCACUCUGUCUUCGGUAGCAUUUUGUACAUUAUGGCAAUUACUACGCUAAUCCUAGGAAUGAAUUCUGACUUCUUUGAACGCUACAGUUUCUCCUCAGCCAAAUGGAUCGGAGGAUUUAUCCUAGUUUUAUCUGGGAUCUAUAUUCUCGUGAAACCAGUGACUACUUUUGUAUCUCGUUUCAAGACUGCUUUCAUGAGAGCAAGUCUCUAAAAACAAAUGUUCCUAAUUUUUUGUACAGGACUGUUGAAAGCGCGGGAUUCCCAAACUUGAUAUUCUGAUGUUGGUAUUCGUGCCGAGUGCUUAGAUUUUAGAAAUCACAGAUGUAGAAAAAUGUAAUUUUUGUAUUUUUACAUCAAAUAAAGUGCUUUAAAUUUUGUUUGUAAUUAAA